AUGUAUGUCCCUAUUUUAAUUCUCUGUUUCUCUGGCAUCAUCCAGUUUGCCGCCGCCAAAGAUGUUUACUUGUAUUGGAAUAUUACUUGGGUCAAUGCCGCCCCUGAUGGAUUCGAAAGACCGGUCAUCGGCAUCAAUGGUGAAUGGCCAUGUCCCCAGGUAGACGUCGACGUCGGUGACCGGCUCAUUGUCGACGUCGAAAACAGCUUGGGGAAUCAAUCAACUGGUAUUCACUGGCACGGUAUGCACCAGUACAUGACUGCAACCAUGGAUGGUAGCUCUGGGGUUACCCAAUGCCCCGUUGCUCCUGGCUCUAUAAUCCGCUACGAUUUCAUAACGGAUCAACCUGGAACAUACUGGUACCAUUCACACAACAUGGGCCAAUAUCCCGAUGGGUUGCGAGGAGCGUUGAUUGUUCACGACCCGAGCCCACCCUUUGAAUACGAUGACGAGUUUACGGUUCUGCUGUCGGAUUGGUACCACAAGCAGAUGCCAGAACUCCUCGACUCGUAUCAGUCACCCGAAAAUUCAGAAACUGAACAUGGACAAGAGCCGAUCCCUGAUGCUGUGUUGGUAAAUGAUUAUACACAAUCGAUUUUCAAAGUUGAGCCAAACAAGACAUAUUAUGUCCGUAUAAUAUGCGUUGGAAACUGGCCCGGGCAUGCGUUCCUAUUUGAUGAUCAUGAAAUGACUGUGGUCGAGGUCGAUGGCGUCUAUGUAGAGCCAUAUUCCGUUGGCGAAAGGAAUGUUCGCGUGGCUACUGGUCAGCGCUUUGGCGUCCUUAUCAAGACUAAAGCGGACGCAAGCAAGAACUAUGCAUUCUGGGACACCAUGGAUAUAAACAUGAUGUUUGUAUACGAAAACCGGGCAAUUCCUGAUGGUUACAAUCCGAACGCCACUGCUUGGCUUGUUUACGACGAGUCUCUACCCCUGCCAGAACCACCUGUCCUCAACGAGUUUGAUUUCGUCGACGAUGUCAGCUUCGUUCCAUAUGAUCAAGAGCCUAUUCUGGAGCCUGUUGAUCAUCAAAUCGUGUUGAGCACCGGCCAGACAACUGUCAACAAUAUCACGCGAUUUUCCGUCAAUGGCCAAACAUAUAUGCCCCAGCAAGUUCCAACGCUUUACACUGCGUUGACGGUCGGCGCGAAAUACUACUCCAACCCGGAAGUUUAUGGACAAGUCAAUCCUAUUGUUGUCAAGCAUAACGAUGUCGUCGAGGUCGUCAUCAACAACUACCAUGGCAAUCUACACCCCUGGCACUUGCAUGGCCAUCAAUUUCAAGUUUUGCAACGCUCUGAUGUUGAUGGUGGCGCAUUCGAUGGUUACUUUGCCAAUGUAUCUUCUACACCGAUGAGACGCGAUACUAUUAUGGUGCAGAAUUUUGGACACACCGUCAUUCGUUUCCGCGCAGAUAACCCGGGAAUCUGGUUGUUGCACUGCCAUAUUGAGUGGCAUGUUGUUUCAGGCUUGGUAGCAACAAUCAUCGAAGCACCAGACCAACUCCAAGAUAUGUUUGCCCCUGUGGAUCAUCUAGAGGUUUGUGAGGCAUAUGGUUCGCCAUCGUAUGGAAACGCCGCCGGAAACCGCGGGUUGGAUUUGACCGGGGCAAAUAAUUACAUUUACUCUGGGGAGUCUGGGGCUGCUUAUCCUCCACCAACAUUCCCCUAA